AUGGCGUCCCGAAAGAACGAUUCGUACCUGUCUGCCCAACCCGGAUUCCUCACCUCUCCCAGCGGCGCAGGAGGCGCGCAGAAGCGUCCUCGAUCCUGGUUCUCCCACUUCCUCGCCACCCAGGUCCUCGCGCCCGAGCACCGCGUCGGAAACCUCUCGAUCCUCUGGGGCCUCUCGGUCUUCACCGCCGGCAUCGUCUUUGUCCGUAAAGCCGGCGACCUCAUCACGCCCGUCUUCUAA